GGAGUCGCAGGCGGAGAGAAGCGAUUGUAUUGCCAGGCAGGCUGUUCGGUUUGACUUUGCCUCGCUCAGUGUGUGACUAGAUAAUCAUGCAGCUGCCUCUGUGAGUCGCACUGUGACAUGAGAAUACUAAGCAUCUGCCCUCUCCGAUGGACUCUGUCUCUCCUGGCACUCCUCUGCAGCCAGUGGCCGAGGCAAGGAUGGAGUCAGCAGCAGCAGGGACACACUGAGGACGACGUUUUUCUUGUGCCCAUGAACUCUUCCACUGGCUCCCGGGCUAACUUGGAAGCGGACUUGGCCAAUGGGCAGGAGAGCAGCACUGAGGGGGCUGUGGGGGGAAGCCAAACACAAGGGACCAGGAGUCUCCCAUCCUCUCCCCCGCCGGGGAACACCUGGGAGCGCAGCAGAGAUAGUCUGUCUGUCUCUCCUUCAUCCCAGCAGUGCAACAUGACGGUGCAGAGACUGCUGCUCACCUCUCUGCUAGUGCGCUGGGGCCGCCAGCUGGGCUUCCAGUGCGACUUGUUGCUCUUCUCCACUAACAACCACGGCAGAGCAUUCUUUGCAGCCGCCUACAACCGUGUGGUGUCCCCCGUGGUCAUUGAGCACUUGGGUGUGUCCGGGGCACAACAGGAGUUUCGCCUUUGCUUGGGCUGCGGCUGGGGGACUCGGGGCAGAAGGAGCGGACACUUGAGGCACUCACAAGCCUCCAACGCCUUCUCUUUCAUCUCCGCUGACCAGCACAGCCCAUUGCAAGGGGAAUCGCUGAAUUUCUGCUGCCUGGAUUUCACUCUGGAGGAACUGAGAGGGGAGCAGGGCUGGAGAAUGAACCGCAAGCCCAUCGAAUCCACUCUGGUAGCUUGUUUCAUGACUCUUGUCAUUAUCGUGUGGAGCGUUGCUGCCCUCAUCUGGCCCGUCCCCAUCAUUGCAGGAUUCCUGCCCAACGGGAUGGAGCAGAGACGUACAAGCAGCAAGUAGACUUUGCAUCCAACGAAUUCCCAUUGUUCACUUAUUUUUAUUCUAAUUUUUCAGGACCGCCUAUGUGCAGCAGUGCACUUAUUUAUACUUGUCUACUUUUAGGAACCAAAAACAAAAAAAUAUCAAACAUUUAAAUAUAGUUUACUUUGUAUAGAGGUACUUAAUUGUAUUCUGCUCCAACAUGCACUGAUUUGAGCUCAUAAUAUUGCUCUGACUAUAAGGGUUAGGGUUUAGAAGCGAGCCCAGAAGCUAAACGUGGAGAGACAUUGUAUAGCAGCCCUGCUGGGACUUCUGAGAUAAAAAUGUGAUGAUCAGACUUGUAUGGAAUAUGCCUAGCGGAGCAGCUGCUGUGUCACCCACAGGAUCAGGCCACAGACUCUGCUCCCUGGGGAAACGAGAAAGGAAUAAGCACAAGACUUGUUUCCAGCAGUGGAUGUUUAUCUCCUAUAUCAGCAUUUCCCAAAGCGUUGGCCAGGAUCCCAAGGUGCCAAAAUGAAAUUUAAUUUGGUGGAGGUGUAAUGGUUUUCUUGACUAUAUCAAACAAUAUUUUAAAGGGAUGCUGUCAUGGGAAAAUGUGUUGUUCUUUUUUUUAAAUGCAUCAAUUAAUAGUGCUACUGUAGCAGAAUUCUGCACAGAAAUCCAUUUUUCAAAAGAGCUAUUUUAAAGGGGAACCAUUAAACGAAAAUUUAACAUAAGCUUCCUGCUACUGAAAUAAUAAUCAUAUUAUUAUUAGAGCUCACUCAAAUAACGGAUUCCAAAACAAAAUAACUGCCUUUUGCACAAAUUCUACAUGUAGAGAAGACCGGAUUUCUGGUGAUUUUAAUAGAGUGAGCUCUAAAUAUAUAAU